AUGCCUAAUACGGGAUCCGACACUUGUUCCUCUUCCCGUAAACAACGGAAGAAGAAGAGCAAACAGGUCAGUUUUGAGAGCCAAACAGGGACAAACUCUAGAGUCUAAUGAUGAAUGAAAAAAAGUUUAAAUUGGAGUAUAAAUUUUUUUAAAUUUCCUUCCAGGACUUGGUCGAAAAAUUGUAUUAGGACUCAAAAAAAAGUCUUUAUGAGUUUAACUGGUUAGAGCAACAGCCUUAAGAAAAUUUGGAUUGAUCUUUUUUCACUUUUUUCACACUUUUUAGGGACCGAAUAGGAAUCAACGUGAAAAGCAGCAUCUGAUGGAGAUAGCAUCAUCCAAAAAUCCUGCUGUGGGUAUGACAUUCAAGAACAUAGCUAUCAUGAAAUUUCAGACAAAAACGAACGCCAAAAAGACCAAAUUGAAGAAAUUUGAGUCGGUGGCAAUGUUCAGAUCAUUUUUGAAAGAGAUUCCGAAGUCGUCAACGCCGACGAGUUUGCCGCCCAGAAGAAGGGAUAAUAAAGAUGGUAUGGAGCGGACGAUGGAACGAACGGCGGUCGAGGAGAAAAGUGGGGACAAGAAGAAGAAAAUAAAGGCUGUUAGUCCCACGCCUGCGCCUUCUACCAUGACCAUCGUCGCGGUCAGUGGAAAGUUCUCAGAGGAAAACGAAUAAAACUGAAAUUACAGAACACGAACAUGGAAGUGACCGCCAAGGACUUCAAGAAGCCGCCGCCGGUCCAAGAGCCUGUAAGGCUUUUUUUUUGAGCUCAAAGUGUGCUCUGCUAAAUUUUAACUUCAAUGGUUUUUCCAUAGGAUCUCGUCCAUUGAUACUGAAAAAAAAAACAAAAUUUUUGUGUCAAUCUGGAAAUUCUGUAAAUCAUCUGACUUGAGCGUACUUUCAAAACGAAAGUCUAGUCUUUCUUUUUUCAGAACCUCGCCUUGGAAGUGACGGCAAAGAGUUAUCACGAAAAACGGGCGACGAAAUCGGAGGACAAGAAUAAGAACAAGAAGAAGAACAAGCCUCCUUCAAAGUCAGCUGAGGAAAAUAAGCAAGCAACGAAAAAGGUUUGAAGCCGUGACGCGUCGUCCCAUUCAUGCGUCGCGGAUUUUCAGAGCUCCGAAUGGGUGGGCGACAAGGUUGCGCGCAAAUUCAUCGAGAAUUUGGGUUUGUUUCCGGUAGAAUCGAAGUUGAAAUGAUUUUCUCGACUCAUAUUAUGCAGUUUUUUGGUUGAAAAUUUGAAGUUGUGAAAAAAAAAUUCGAAAAAGUUUGAGAAGAAGUUGUAGGCGCUUGAGCAUGAACGACUUCUAGAAAGAACGGCUUAUCAUUUUCAAUGGAAAAUCGAUUUUUCGAUAGUAAAUUAGCUCUCCAGUUUUAUGUCUUAUUUUGCGAAAUUUCAAAAAAAAACCCCCCCUUAAGUGUCUUCUCACCCUUACUAACACAGAUCACGCUCGCGCCGAAAAAGAGUACGACGAAAUCGACGACUCGAGUGUCCCGGACUCUAGUUGUACACAGUUUCUAGAAAACAUGGAUAAGAAUCAAGAUGAGGUGUACUCGAAAAAAGUUUCUUUUCGAAAGGACGCCUUCAGGAAGUUGAAUGUUUGGACGCAAAUCGAGUGGUCCUAGAAAAAUCGACGCCGACUCAAAGUGAUUACAUUCACGCCAGCCACAUCGUUCUGGAAAAUGUAGGGUUUCUUUUUAUCAUAUUUAACAAUUCUGUCACUUUGUCGUCCAGAAAAAAAAUUCAAUCUUUCAGUUCCCACGAAAAAUUAUUCUGACACAGCUGCCGAUUAUGACGAACCCAAUAAACCUUGAAGAUUUUUGGCGUCUCAUUUUCCAAGUCUCUUCUUUCCGUUUCGUGGUUUGACCCGAAUUUUAAUUUUUAGGAAAAGGUCUCUCUUCUGGAGAUUUUCGCCUCCAAUGACCAGGACGAAAAACAUUUCUCACAGUACUUUCCGAUUGAGAAAGACCAAUUCCAACAGCACGGCAGCAUGUGGAUCAACAACAAGCAAACGCAAUUGGGAACUCCGUCCGGAAAGCCGGCCCAUCUGUUCCGGCUGGAAGUUCUUCCGGUUGGCUGCGCCGAGGCGGUUUUCACCACGGUAAAAGACAAAAAAGAUUCUUCUAAAUGCUUAGCAGAUCUGCUCGUCGUUGUGUUUUUUUUAUCUGUAAAUUGGGGAAGAGCCAUUCAUUUAUUUAUAUUAUUCUUAUCAAUCUUUCCAAAUUAACUUUUCCAGGUAAUGGUGAACAUUAGUUGGCCUGACAAACGAGUCCCGACAAGCUUCAAGCAUAUCAUCUCGGCUGCCAGCGACGUCUUCACCGACAUUCUUGACGUCAGACGCUUUGUUGCUGUUCGAAUUUUACAGGUUUUUUUUUUACAGAAAGACACGGCGACCAUGUGCAGCUUGAAAGGCGCCGGCAGGACGGGCACGUUUUUGGCGAUCUCCGUAGCAAUGUACUAUUUUGUGCAAGGCGUUGAUGUCAAUGUACGUUGUUAAUGAGUUUAGAGUUUCAAUUAUUAUUAUUUUUUGUCAGAUCAAAGAAAUCGUGCUGAGUAUACGCAAACAGAGGCCGGGCGCCGUUGACAAUCUUCUCCAGUACUGCUACAUCUAUACAUGUGUCUCGACAUUCAUUCUGGUAACAUUUUGUUCAACUUCAUUUCUAUAAAAAUUUCACCUUCAGCAAAACACGAAGGAUGCGGAAAUUCGAAAAAAACUACGCACCAUCAUGAACACCUUCGUUACCCCAACACAAUGA